AUGGCAGUACAAGACAAGGACUUCCUCCAAUGGCCCAAACCAAUGAAAGUCGAUGCUAAUCGGAGGUACCCUGACAAGUAUUACCAAUACCACCGGACCUAUGGCUAUGAUACCAACAACUACUACCAACUGAUCAGCGAGAUAGAGAGGUUGAUAAAGAAGGGGCAUCUCCGGAACUUCGUGAAAAAACCAGAAGAGAGGCCCCGUAGGCAAAGAGCAGGGCCUGUGAAUGACGGCUCCAGUGGAACCAUCAAUAUGAUCAUAGGAGGGACUGGAGGCCGGAUGAGUAGAAAAGGGAGGAAGAGAAGCCGAAGCAGGGAGGGAAGCAGCAGCGAGGUCUUGCAAAUAGUAAAACACUCCCCGGUGACCAUCUCCUUCUCCCCCGAGGAUGUUCAUGGGGUUCAGAUGCCCCACAAUGAUGCUCUUGUCAUCGAGGCUGUCAUUCAUAACUACCGGGUUUGCAAGAUCCUGGUCGAUGAUGGGAGUAUGGUGAACUUGUUACCCUACAGGGUUUUUCAGCAGAUGAGGAUACUAGAAGAGCAAUUGGCCUGUGCUGCACGAUUUCGAAGUGGUGACCAGCAUCAGAUACCUGACUAUGAAAUUUCCAACAGAGGCAGGGGUGGGAGUAGUUCGGGGAUGAUAGGAGAAAGUGAGAGCAGUGUAUCUAGCCACGGUGGCAGAACCAAGUACAACAGCUGA